UAUUUGUGGGCGUGCCAUGUACUCGGCGGGGAUCGUUGGAGCGGCUGGUCCCUGCAUUAAGCCAUGGGCUGCAACUCCAUCCACUGGUUCCGCAAAGGACUCCGUCUGCACGAUAACCCGGCGCUGCUGGAGUCGGUGCAGGGUGUCGGCACCAUCCGCUGCGUCUACAUCGUGGACCCGUGGUUCGCGGGCACCUCCAGCCUGGCCAUCAACCGCUGGGGGUUCUUGCUACAAUGCCUUGAGGAUCUUGACACAAAUCUGCGGAAGUUAAACUCUCGCCUGUUUGUCAUACGUGGACAGCCAGCUGAUGUCUUUCCCAGAUUGUUCAAGGAAUGGAAUAUCUCUCGUCUUUCUUUUGAGUAUGACUCUGAGCCAUUCAGCAAGAAGCGAGAUGCAGUUAUCAAGAAGCUGGCCACUGAGGCAGGUGUGGAAGUGAUAGUGCGGAUUUCACACACUUUGUAUGAUAUGGAAGUGCUCAUAGAAAGAAAUGGUGGACAGCCACCUCUAACGUAUAAGCAUUUCCAAAAGCUUAUAAGCCAGAUGGGGCCUGUAGAAAUGCCUGUGAAAAUGAUCACCAGUGAGACCAUGGGGAGAUGUACAAUGCCUGUCCUUGAUGACCACGGCGACAGGUUUGGAGUCCCUUCAUUGGAAGAAUUGGGCUUCGAAACGGAAGGUCUUACUUCAGCAGUGUGGCCGGGUGGUGAAACAGAAGCUCUUGCAAGAUUGGAAAGACAUUUAGAGAGAAAAGCCUGGGUGGCAAAUUUUGAAAGACCAGGAAUGAACUCCAAAUCACUUCUCGCCAGCCCCACAGGGCUAAGCCCAUACCUGCGAUUUGGUUGCUUGUCAAGUCGUCUCUUUUACUUCAAGCUCACCGAGUUGUACAAAAAGGUGAAGAAAAACAGCUCCCCUCCUUUGUCCCUUUAUGGCCAACUCUUUUGGCGUGAAUUCUUCUACGCAGCAGGAACAAAUAAUCCCAAAUUCGAUAAAAUGGAGGGAAAUCCCAUCUGUGUUCAGAUUCCAUGGGACCGGAAUCCUGGGGCUUUAGCCAAGUGGGCAGAAGGAAAGACUGGAUUUCCAUGGAUUGAUGCUAUAAUGACACAGCUUCGCCAGGAAGGAUGGAUUCAUCACCUGGCACGACAUGCAGUGGCCUGCUUCUUGACGAGAGGUGACCUCUGGAUUAGCUGGGAAGAAGGAAUGAAGAGCAACUUUCCUGAAGUGAGCAUUGUGGUGUUUUGGGUUUCCUUGUUGGUGCUGUGUCUACAGGUGUUUGAAGAAUUGUUACUCGAUGCUGACUGGAGUGUCAAUGCUGGGAAUUGGAUGUGGCUGUCUUGUAGCUCGUUCUUCCAGCAAUUCUUUCAUUGCUACUGCCCUGUAGGAUUUGGGCGUAGAACUGACCCAAAUGGGGAUUAUAUCAGACGAUACCUGCCUGUGCUGCGAGGUUAUCCUGCUAAACACAUCUAUGACCCCUGGAAUGCCCCAGAAGACGUUCAGAGAGCUGCCAAUUGCGUUAUUGGUGUUGACUAUCCCAGGCCCAUGGUGCACCAUGCUGAAGCAAGUCGCCUGAACAUUGAGCGAAUGAAGCAAAUCUAUCAACAACUCUCCUGUUACCGAGGCCUUGGUCUUCUAGCUUCAGUACCUUCUAACCCCAGUGGAAGUGGUGGUAUUAUGCAGUAUUCAGCAGAGGAGACCAUACCUGGAUGCAGUAAUGUAGCAGACAGAAACACCCUGGAGGGCAGCCUAACCGCUGGAAAACUGUUCAAUCCUGAAGAAGAAAUGUCAGGAAUAGGGCUUAAAUAUCAGAGGCAGAGCAUGGACUAGGUAAAGACAUUUUGACUGAAAAGGUUUGUGACUAUUAGAGCAGCACAGUGGCCGUUGCCCCUCCUGUCUGUGCUGGUUUCUUCGUCCACUCCACUUCACAUUUACCCAGUAUAUCCUUUCUUCCAAUGCCCAACGUGACUGAAUGAGGUCUUGCAUGUACAAAAUGCAAUGAAACAUUUCCAACCCAGGUGUGGUUUAGAAUUAAGGGAGACAUUGGUUAGAAUACAUCUUUUGAUGUUGUGAAAGAAAUAAAAACUGGAUUUAAUGUUUUUUAAGUUGUUUACAGAUAUCUGCAGGAUAAAGCCAGAAUUUGGCCGCAAUGUGCUGCUAGCCCAUAUGUUUUCUCUUCCAGUACGUCGUGAAACAAGAAAUUGAAAGGAUCCAGUUGGAGGCUUUUAACACAUAUUGCAUAAACUGGACAUUUUCUUCCAGCGUGGAAUAUUUAUUUUAAAGGAAAUUAUUGAUCUCAAAUUAGGAGAAUUAAAGAUGGGAAAUACAUCUGCAAAUGUUUGCACAUUUAGCAAUGGUGGGGCAGAAAGCUCUGUUAAUAUUUGUGUAAAUAAUUGAUCGGAGUUUCUGUAAAUAUUUGAUACCACACCAAGUUAUAGAUGAGUAUUUUAAUAUAAUUGUGCACUAUUUAAAUGUUUGCAUAUUCAAUUUUGUACUACAGAAAGGGCAAAUUCUGGGAGUAGUAUAUCUUGCAUCAUCUUAAGUCAGGCACCUUCAUUUGUUCCUUCAAUUGCAUUUCAAGUAAACUGCUUUUCCAUCCACUUGUGAUGAUUCAUGUAGCUGGUGAUAUACUGUUAACAUUGUCAUAUGGAGUCGUAGAGCAAUUCAGCAUGGAAACAGGCCCUUUGGCCCAACUAGUCCACAAAGACUAAGAUGACUAACUGAGCAAGUCCCAGAUGCCAUGGCCUGGCUCAUGUCCUCAUAUCCCCACUAGUAUUGGUUUAUUAGUGCCACAUCUUCUGAGACCGUCAAAUCUAACCAUCCAGGAGCAUAAUGGAACCAUAUUUAUGAGUACAACAGGUAGUGCAAAAAGAGAAUGUAACAUUGUGCAGAAUAUAGUGUUACAGCUACAGAGAAAGUACAGAUAAACCAGGUGCAAGAACCGCAGCAAGAUCGAUUGGAGAUUGGGAAUAUACCCUGUAACUGUCCAGGUGUCUUGUAAAUGUUGUACGUGUACCUGCCUCUACAACUUCCCGUGACAGCUCAUCCCAUAUACCCACCACCAUCCGUGUAAAAAAAAAAAUUGCCCCUUGGGUCCCUUUUAAAAUGUUCCCCUCUCUUUCAUGCUAUGCCCGCUGGUAAAACCCAAAACUGCUAAACAGCGAUGUUGCAAUCCUGCACACAAGAGUUUCCAAACCUUGUGCAACAGUCUGUGGUCAGGACUGCGACAGCUCCUUUCCCAGACAGGGGGCGAGUCAGGUGCUAAUUACAACAUGACAGUUACAGUCCCUGCAUUUAAUGAACACAUACACACUGACAGAAGACAAAGGAGAUUACCUACAUUUUGUAAAUAAUUCUAUGCACUUGUGGUGCUUGAUUCUCGGAGAAAAGCUGAGCUGAGGGGUCAUCUGAACAGACAUACGCCAUUUCUUACAGUAAUUAGAAACAAGGAACUACAGAUUUACUGUGAGUUUAUACGAAAGAUAGACACAAAGAACUGGAGUAACUCAGCAGGUCAGGGAACCUCUUUUUAUCUCCAGAUGCUGCCAGACCCGCUGAGUUAUUCACAGUAGUUUUUACCUCAGAAUUUCAGCAUCUGCUGUUUCUGGUUUUCCACCCAGUAAACAUGUGGGUUGCUUGUUUUCUAUCUGUGUGUGGGUGCCACUGCCAGCUCAUUCAUUGUCCACCCACUAUUGAUGAUAGCAUAUGAUGAGCCGCCACCACCUUCAACCUGGGAAAGUGCUUUCAGGAUCCUGCAGGCGAACCAGAUCUAGGACUGAGCCACACUGACACCCAGAACCAGGGGUCACAGUUUAAGAAUAAGGGGUAGACCAUUUAGGACUGAGAUGAAGAAAAACGUCUUCGCCCAGAGAGUUGUGAAUCUGGAAUUCUCUGCCACAGAAGGCAGUGGAGGCAAAUUCACUGGAUGUUUUCACGUUAGAUUUGCUCUUGGGGCUAAAGGAAUCCAGGAGUAUGGGGAAAAAGCAGGAACUGGGUACUGAUUUUAGAUGAUCAGACAUGAUAUUAUUGAAUGGUGGUGCUGGCUCGAAUGGCCUUCUCCUGCACCUAUGUUUCAGUGAAUCACUUACUGCUCAGGGCGGUGUUGUGUCCGGGCAGCCUCAGUGUACUACAACCACUGUGCACGAGUGAUUCAGAGAGUGAACGUGAAACCCCCUGAACUGUCCUG